CGAACAGAGAGACCAUCGAGAGGCUGCAAUUGCCAGCCACAGAACUUGGUUCAACAGGUAGUUCGUCGUUUAAUCUCACAUUCAACGGCACACCUAUACCCGUACUUCCGUGAGUGCCACAGAAUAGAAGAGGUCUGCCAGGAUGAAACCUUCGCUCCGCCUCCUCCUGGCCGCGCACAUGAACACGGCAAAAGGGUUAUCGCCCGGUCCCAUGGCUCUCCUGCCCCCAAUAUACCUCUACCGACGGCUGCUCCGGGCGCACAGAAAACACCUCUCGCCCGAGAUGCGGCUGCUGGGCGACGCGUACGUCAAGGCGCAGUUCCGAGAACACAGGGGCAUCGAGAACCCUGUUCACGUGAUAGGUUUCCUCACCGAGUGGCAGCUGUACGCGGAGAAGCUCGAGAGCAAUUCCUGGGUCGGGGAGAAGCUGGAUCCGGCAAAAAUCGAGAAGAUGAGUGACGAGCAACUGGGUCAGCUGUAUGAGCUGAUGAAGGCGAUACAGAAGCGCGGAACAGAAGGGGGUGAAACACAGUCGUGACUGGCCCAAUUUCUGAAGUUGAGUAACUAGGUACUGCUCUCAGCAUAUUAUAACGUACUUUCGAUCUAGCUUUUGAUACC